UAUUGCUUUCCAACUGUUUCUUGGGUCUUAAAUUUUGUUGUUUUCCUUUUUCUCUGCUGCUGUUUGGACAACUUGUUUUCUACUUAAAUGACCUGGUUUUGUUGCAAGAAUUAAGUUCUUUCAAUUAUCCAGAAAGAAAAGGAAGUCAUGACAUAUUUUGUUUAUUUGCAUGAUAUACGAGAGGAUAGCUCUUUACUUCCCUCAUUUCUUCUCUCGUAGUUAAUAAAAUCACCCAAGCAAUUUGGUUUUUACAUCUGUCCCCUUGCCUAAAGGAUGAUAUUUAAUGUCUGAAUUAAUGGAGUUGGUAUUAGGUAUAAUCUGAAACUUAUGUCUCCAAAUUAAAAAAAAAACCAUAGAAAAUUUCUUUCAAAAGUCAAUUUGUUAAAGCCUAAAGGAUUUUUUUUUUAAUUCCUUUUUUUGGGAUGAAAAAGAAAAAAGUGGACAAAGAAAGAGUGGAAGUCUUCCCACUAGGACGAUGUUCAUACUGUGAAAAUAAGUUGAUAAAAAUACCAGUUUACAAGCUGGGUGGGGACUGACUUUUAGAAAUUCAGAAACGUCAGACAUCCUGGAAAUGACCAUUGAACCAAGCCAACCACUUACUCUGUGGUCCUAACAAAAAAUAUAUGGAUUUCCAUAUUAUUAGGUAAGUGCUUCUACAUCAAAUCAAUCGAUAUGCUGUUUAUUCAGAAGGGAGGGGAACUUAACUGGUCUAAGGAUCCAAGGUUAAACUUGUGCAAGUUAGUACAGUGAAAUAGGUCAGAAGCAUCAAGCUAGAAGUCCGGAACUAACCAGGGUUUGCAAUUUAAUAAUGCAUAAGAAAGUGUGAACGAUUGCUCUUCCUUACAGACUAAUAAGGUUUCAAAAGUGCUGCAUCAGAACCGAUCAUUUUGCCUCAGCCGGUGUAGAUAGUGCAAUCAAGAAUAUAUGCAAGGAAUUGAAAAUUUGUUUUGAGAGGUCAUUUCAAAGAACAUUAAAUAUUUUUCAUUCAUAUAUUUUUUGUUUCGUUGGUCGUUCAACAUAGAAAAUUCUGUGGAUCAUUUUACAUCACGAGGGGAGUUCAAUUCCAACCAUACAAGAAAGCUUUGAUGGUGAACAAAAAGUGCAGUGAGAUAUGUGAAUUAUAGAGAUAGUUUGUGAUGAAAUUAAUAGGUUCACAUGGGAAAAGGCAUAGGAAGAAGGGAGAGGCAUUCAAGCCUCAUUUUUUUCCCUCUAUGGAAGGCCUUAUCAUACUUCUUUGCUUCUUUGUGAUGCCUCAUGUAAUUUUAUCUUCCAUAGUGGAUGCCAUAGAUACAACUCACUCCAUUAGAGAUGGGGAGACCAUAGUUUCAGCAAGUGAAAUCUUUGAACUUGGAUUCUUUAGCCCAGGUUCUACUGGCAAGCGAUACUUGGGAAUAUGGUACAAGAAAUCUGUCCAGACCGUUGUAUGGGUGGCCAACAGAGAAGUUCCCCUCAAUGAUUCAUCAGGUGUUGCAAAAGUUACCAGUCAGGGAAUUCUUCUCCUUCUGGAUGGUAAAGGCAUAACCAUUUGGUCUUCCCGCUCUUCAAGACCUGUGCAUAAUCCAGUUGCACAGCUGCUGGAUUCAGGUAACCUUGUUGUGAAAGACGAGAGGAACAAAAGCUUCAUAUGGCAGAGCUUUGAUCAUCCUUGUGAUACACUGCUACCAGGCAUGAAGAUGGGAAAGGACUUUGUUACGGGCCUAUAUUGUUAUCUAUCAUCAUGGAAAAGAUAUGAUGAUCCUGCUCCGGGAAAUUUCACAUUUGGACUUGAUAUUAAUGAUUUUCCAGAGUGGGUCUUGAAAGAAGGUUCCAUGGUGAGAUUUCGUUCUAAUGACAAAGAUGUAUACUACAGAUACAAUCAUGGCCUUCAAAAUAGCUCAAUUCUUACAAGGGUAGUGGUCAGUCAUAAUGGAGAUUUAAAGUAUUUCAAAUGGAUUGAUCAAACCCAGCGUUGGGUGCAUUAUCGUUCAGCACAAGAGGGUACUUGUGACUUUUUCGGAUUAUGUGGUGCAUAUGGUUUGUGCAAUGCUAAUAACUCCCCAGUUUGUACUUGCUUGAAUGGAUUUGUGCCAAAAGACAAAAAAGAAUGGGAUAAGAAACCAGGGUCAGGUGGGUGCAUUAGAACAACUGGACUGAACUGUUCUGGAGAUGUAUUUAAGGAGUUUCCCGGAGUAAGGUUUCCAGCCUCAGGAUUCGAAUUUAGCAGCACUAUGAACCUUGAGGAGUGCGAGAUCCAGUGUUCAAAGAACUGCUCGUGCACAGCUUAUGCUAAUUCGGAUAUAAGAUAUGGAGGAAGCGGGUGCCAGCUCUGGUUUGGUGAACUGAUUGAUAUUAAACAGUCAACUGGAAGAGGACAAUUAAUUUAUAUACGGAUGGCCGGCUCAGAACUAGAUAAAUCCACUGAGAAGAAAAAGAUGUGGAUUGUAGUCAGCUCUGUUUUGUUUACUGUCGUGGUCAUUGUAGGCAUAGCCCUGGUCCUUUUUGUUCGGAGGAAGAAACACCUGAAAAAGGGCUCAAUGGAAGGUCUUUCAGACAGUAGUUAUAAAUAUGAGAAUCAAAAGGAAGAUCUUGAGUUGCCAUUAUUCGAUUUUGCAACAAUUACUCGUGCAACCAACAACUUUUCUCCAAAGAAUAAACUUGGAGAAGGUGGUUUUGGAUCUGUCUACAAGGGUAUCUUGGAGGAUGGACAAGAAAUUGCCGUGAAGAGGCUGUCAAAGGGUUCUACACAAGGAGACAAUGAGUUCAAAAAUGAAGUUGAACAAAUUGCAAAAGUUCAGCACCGCAAUUUAGUGAAGCUUCUAGGGUGCUGCAUUCGAACAGAUGAAAAGGCGUUGAUAUAUGAAUUUAUGCCUAACAAAAGUCUGGACUGCUUUAUAUUUGAUGAAGCUCAAAGCAUGUCUUUGGAUUGGCCUAUGCGGUACCAUAUCAUUGAUGGGAUUGCUCGUGGGCUCCUUUAUCUUCAUCAAGAUUCCCGACAAAGAAUUAUACAUAGAGAUCUAAAGGCCGCUAAUAUUUUACUAGAUAAUGAAAUGAAUGCAAAAAUUUCAGACUUUGGUUUGGCUAGAAGUUUUGGGGAGAAACAAACUACAGCAGAUACAAGCAGGGUGGUGGGAACAUAUGGUUACAUGUCUCCAGAGUAUGCAAUUGAUGGGGUCUACUCGAUCAAGUCCGAUGUCUUUAGCUUUGGUGUUUUGCUACUAGAGAUAAUAAGUGGAAAAAGAAACAGAGGAUUCUUUCAUCCAGAUCACCAGCUUAACCUUGUUGGCUAUGCUUGGAGGUUAUUUACUGAGGGCAAAUCCUUGGAACUGGUUGCUGCACCAAUUAGUGACAGUCGGAACUCACAACAGAUUAUAAGGUCAAUUCAUGUAGGUCUAUUAUGCGUGCAACAAAGUCUGGAGGACAGGCCAACCAUGUCAAAUGUUGUGCUGAUGCUGAGUUCCGAAGAUCCAUUGCCUCAGCCAAAACAACCAGGUUUUUUCCAUGAGAGGAAUCUGGUUGAAUUUAGUUCUUCAUCAAGCGGUCAAAAACAAUUUUUGUCUAAUAAUUUCACUAUAACAGUAUUAGAUGCAAGAUUCUUCAUCCUCUCAAUGGAAGGCUUGGCCAUACUUCUUCUUUGCUCCUUUUUGUUUGCCAAUCUAACUGUAUCCACUGCGGUGGACACCUUGUAUGCAAUUCAAUUAAUUAGAGAUGGUGAGACAAUAGUUUCAGCAGGUGGAAGAUUUGAGCUAGGAUUCUUUAGUCCAGGUGAAACAAGGAAGAAAUAUUUGGGAAUAUGGUACAAGCAAAUACCUGUCAAGAGUAAGACUGCUGUAUGGGUGGCCAACAGAGAAGUGCCUAUCAACGAUUCAUCAGGUGUUCUGAAACUUAACAAAGUGGGGAUUCUCGUCCUUCUGAAUCAUGGUGGGAGCAUCAUUUGGUCUUCAAACUCAUCUAGGCCUGCUCGAAAUCCAGUUGCACUGCUCUUGGAUUCAGGAAACUUCAUUGUGAAAGAGGAAAAUGACAGUAAUCCUGAAAACUUCUUGUGGCAGAGCUUUGAUUAUCCAUGUGAUACGUUACUACAAGGCAUGAAGCUUGGAAGGAACUUAGUCACAGGCCUGGAUCGUUACCUGUCAUCCUGGAAGAGUCCUGAUGAUCCUUCUCCCGGUAAUUUUACAUAUCGGUUUGAGGUUGGUGGAUUUCCAGAACUUAUACUGAGAGAGGGUUCAGUUGUUCGAUUUCGUCCUGGCCCUUGGAACGGUCUGCGGUUUAGUGGCACACCUGAACUAAAACCAAACUCUUUUGUUACAGUUAUUGUUGUGAUCAAUGAGAAAGAGGUAUAUGAUGGCUAUGAGCUUCAUAGUAGCUCAGUUCUUUCAAGGAUGGUGUUAAGUCAGGAUGGACUUUGGGAGCGCCUCACAUGGACUGAUAGAACCCAAAGUUGGCAAGUUUAUGUUACAGUGCAAAUGGAUAUUUGUGACAAUUAUGCACUAUGUGGUGCAUAUGGUAGCUGCAAUGCAAGUAACACCCCAAAAUGCAGUUGCUUGGAAGGAUUCGUGCCAAAAUUUCCAAUAAAUUGGGACUCCAAAGAUUGGUCAAAUGGUUGUGUUAGAAAGACUCCAUUGAACUGCUCUACUGAUGGAUUUCUAAAGUAUUCUGGACUGAAGUUGCCAGAUUCGCGUCAAUCCUGGUUUAACUACAGUAUGAAUCUUAAUGAGUGCAAGAAGUUAUGCACAAGAAACUGCUCCUGCACAGCUUAUUCAAAUUUGGAUAUAAGAGAUGGAGGAAGUGGGUGCAUGCUUUGGUUCGUUGACCUGGUUGACAUUCAACAAUUCACUGAAAAUGGACAAGAAAUAUAUGUAAGGAUGGCUGCAUCAGAACUAGAUCAAAUAGAGAGUACCAAAUCCAAGGACAAGGACAGAAUGAGAAUUGCAUUCAUCUCUGUGUUGACUGCAGCACUGUUGAUCCUUGGCCUAUCCUUGUUCGUAUAUCUUAGGAGGAAGAGAUACCAUGAAAAACCUGGAAUGGUGACAUUUGUCCCUGAAAGCAGUUUCAAUGUUAAAAAUCAGAAGGAAGAUUUAGAGUUACCAUCAUUAGACUUUGCCAAAAUUGUUCUCGCAACCAAUAACUUUUCAAUGAAGAAUAAACUGGGUGAAGGCGGUUUUGGAUCUGUCUAUAAGGGGGUCUUGAAGGAUGGACUAGAAAUUGCUGUAAAGAGGCUAUUGAGAAGUUCUGGACAAGGACAUGAUGAGUUCAAGAAUGAAGUCAUGCACAUUGCAAAACUUCAGCACCGAAAUUUAGUGAAGAUUUUAGGGUGCUGUAUACAGGCGGAUGUAAAGAUGUUGAUCUAUGAAUUUAUGCCUAACAAAAGCCUGGACUUCUUUAUUUUUGAUGAAACUCACAGCAUGCCACUAGACUGGCCUACACGCUAUAACAUUAUCAACGGGAUUGCUCGCGGGCUUCUUUAUCUCCAUCAAGAUUCAAGACAAAGAAUAAUACAUAGAGAUUUGAAAGCUGGUAAUGUUUUAUUAGACAAUGAAAUGAAUCCCAAAAUUUCAGACUUUGGCCUAGCUAGAACUUUUGGAGAAAAGGAAACUGAGGCAAAUACAAAAAAAGUGGUGGGAACAUAUGGUUACAUGGCUCCUGAGUAUGCAAUUGAUGGUCUGUACUCCAUUAAGUCUGAUGUCUUUAGUUUUGGUGUAUUGGUGCUCGAAAUAGUAAGCGGGAAGCGAAACAGAGGAUUCUGUCAUCCAGAUCAUCAGCUGAAUCUUCUUGGGCAUGCAUGGAGACUGUCUGCUGAAGGAAAAUCCUUGGAGUUGAUCGCAUCGGCAAUUAGGGACACUUGCAAUCCUUCUGAAGUGUUAAGAUCAAUUCAUGUAGGCCUGUUAUGUGUGCAACAAAGUCCAGAAGAUAGACCAACCAUGUCUAAGGUAAUUCUAAUGUUGGGAAGUCAAGGGCCCUUGCCACUGCCUAAACAACCAGGUUUUUUCACUGAAAGGGAUUUAGUUGAAUCUAGUUCUUCAUCAACCAGCCACAAACUCUUAUCAUCUAAUGAUUUCACCAUUAGGAUGUCAGAGGCAAGAUAAUAAAACAAAAAAACUUUUGAAUGUUAAUUUUGCCUUCCUUAGUUUGCCCCUUAGAAAUGAUUGUUGCCAUUGAAGUGUAUUUACUGUCAUAUCAACCUGUUAGUUUCUUCCAGUGUGUUUUUCAUUUACAGGUUAUUGCUUGUAUCUCUUUUUGACUGUUAAAAGUCAAUUAGGUUAGCUAUUACAGAUCCAAAGAAAUUUCUAAUUUGAUGUUCUUGAACACUUACACAUUGACUUCAAUUGUAAUUUUCACUACCCAAUAGGAUUAUCUGCAGUUAUAUCUAUUUUUCCGUAAGUCAUUCAAGAAUAAGAGUACACUUGAUUGGAAUGGAUAGAUAGAGUUAUUUCCCAGCAAUUUAUUCGGUGCAUUAAUUUUGGAGAAAAGACAUUUACUUGAUUUUUUUGUGCACUUAAAUGGAACAUUUUUUUCAACACCUCAAUCUCACAGCAAACAAUACUUUAUAAGUUGGGUACGAAUUUUCAUAAAUAAUAUCACAAUGAUCAUCAGUCGGAUGAGAACUAAGUACUACAUUGUGAGUCACUUUUAGAAUCACGUGGGAGC